AUGGCGUCUUCUUCUUCAUCUCACCAGCAAAAUCAGGAAUUAGAACCUGCCGGCAAAAGGAGGAAGGUUUGUGAAUCUUCAAAAUUAUUUGAUGUGUUCAUCAACCACAGAGGUCCCGAUGUCAAACUUCCUCUGGCUACUCAGAUUUACAACUCCCUUAAGGAGCUGGGCAUAAGGGCAUUUCUUGAUUCGGAAGAGAAGGAGCCUGGCGAUUCGUUUCCUUCUACAAUUGAAACUGCGAUUAGAUCUGCUUCAGUGCAUAUUGCAAUUUUUUCAAAAAAAUAUGCGGAAUCAGCGUGGUGUCUGGCUGAGCUGGUUCUGAUGUUACAGAGUAACGCCAAGAUAAUUCCUGUGUUUUAUCAGGUGAGGCCUUCUGAUCUCCGCCACAUAGAAACGGGCGUAUACGCUGAAGCAUUCAUUAAAUAUGAGAAGAAGAGCAGGAACCUGGAGAAGCUUAAAGAGUGGAAGGAGGCUCUUCAAUCUCUUUCAUUUAUAGCUGGGGAGGAAAUUACAAGUUCCAGUGACUGUAAAAGCAUAGUAGCAGCAGUGCAAAAAGAAGUACACCGGAACAAAUGUUUGCAUGUUGCCACAUAUCCAGUUGGGCUUGACAGUCUUGUGAAAGAUUUUGAAAAGCGAUGCCUUGAUGAGCUUGUACAAGAUUUUGAAAAUCAGUGUAGGCUGAAGAAAGGGAAGGAUAAGGUUAAAAUUGUUGGCAUUUUUGGUAUUGGUGGAGUGGGGAAGACAACUCUUGCCAAAGAGUUGUAUAACCGAAAGAGGUUUAAUUAUUCUAGAGCAGGUUUUUUGUUUGAUGUGCGAGAAGCAUCUGUGAGAAGCCAGUUGCCUUCCUUACAACGUAAGCUUGUCAAGGAUCUCUUCGAUGAUCAUCCUCAAAGUUUUACAAGUACAGAGGAAGGAACAAGCUAUCUGAAAAAUAAAUUAGAAAGAAGCCCACUUUUAGGUUUUCUAAUUGUUGUGGAUGACAUAGAUCAUGUGGAGCAAUUACAUGCUCUACUGAUCAUGGAUAUCUUAGAUAAAUUUGACAAUACUCUGGUUAUUGUUAUAACCCGGGAUGCCCGGGUGCUUAUAAAUGCAGGGAUUACUGUGGGUUAUCAUUUAAAAGGAAUGAAUAGAAAUGAUGGUAGCCAACUCUUCUGUUGGCAUGCCUUUGGCCAACCCUUUCCACUGAGCGGGUACGAGGUGUUUUUUCACGCCUUUGUUGAUGUGUGUGGAGGGUUACCUCUGUCUCUUCAGGUUCUGGGUCGGCACGUUCGUGGUGGAACUGCCAGUUAUUGGAGACUAGAAUUGGAUAAAGCUAAGAAGACAUUGAGUCGAGAAGUAAAGGAUAGAUUGAGAAUAAGUUUUGACGCACUGGAUGGUGAACAAAAAGAGGUUUUUAUGGAUAUUGCUUGUUUCUUUUUGGACAAACCAAAGAUUAUAGCCGAACAAGUAUGGAAGGGAUUAGGAUGGAACGCUCAACAUGCAUUGCAAAGACUCAUGGAUAAGUUACUUGUAGAAGAAAUUCAUACAUUUACUGACGAUGAAAAUUAUAGAUAUAAUGAAGAUCAAACCAAAAUGGAAAUUGUAUUCAGAAUGCACGACCACCUAAGGGAUUUGGGAAGAGAGAUGGCACUUGAGCUCAGCCCUCCUCAUCGCCUGUGGCGUCCUCAAGAUCUGAAGUUUUUGGAAUCGAUGGGUUUCAAGAAAAUCCUCGCCAAAACUAAUGUCAGGUGUUUACAUUCCAUUUUCGACGAGUCCAUGGAUUCUCAAAUUACAUUCUUUUUAGGCCAGUUAGAUAUUUGUGGUGAGACAUCAGCUUCCUUACCAUGGCUUCAGCUUAAGGGCAAUUCCACAGAACUGCCAAACAUUCCUUCAUGGAUUUGUCUGCAAAAUUUGCAGUGCUUGAAAAUCAAAUGCGGACGACUUGAAACCUUGUGGAAAAACAGCAUCCAGGUGCCCACCCACUUGAAAGAGCUGGUGAUUUCUCGAACCUCUUUGAAAGAGUUUCCAGAUUUCUUAGGAAUACCGGGUAGCUUAGAAAAUGAGGGAAAGUUUACUACUGUGAAGGUUCCUAUGAGUAGCCUUGAAAAGCUAGAGAUUAGCUUUGAAAAUUUAGCAUCCAAGAUCUUAAUUAAUGGAAUACACUAUCCCAGCCUGGAGUCAAUCAAAUUUCAUGGCAUGGAAAGACUUAUGGAAAUGAAUUUUACAGGGGUACAGACAUUAAAGUGCCUUGAUCUUACAAAUUGUAGAAAACUCAAGAGUUUGACAGGAAUAUCUGAUCUUAGUAAUCUUGUGUGGUUAAACAUUAGUGGAUGUCCAGACCUUGAGUUUGAAUACUUGUGUCUCAGGAGAAUGGAGUGCCUGCAGAGGAUAACAUUUGAUAGAAAUGUGAAGAUGAAAUAUUUUGAGUUGGAUGGGUGUCGAAGUUUAGAAACAACAGAGUUUGGUUUUGAAAAGCUUGUACAAUUAAAAAUUCGGUGCUGCCCUAGUCUUUAUUCAAUCCCAAAUUUUAGAGGUCUAAGUUGUCUGGAGAAAAUUAUAAUCGAUGGAAUUGGGAAGCUCGGAUGUUUUCAUUUGGAUGAAUGUCAAAAUUUGAGAAGUGUGUCACUUAACUUUGAUCUUACAGGCUUGCACAUUGCUAAGUGUCCUGAGCUUGAGGAGUUGCCAAGUCUUUCCAGACAGAGGUGCUUGGAGUGGAUUAGAAUUGACUCUUGUAAGAAGCUACCAAAGAUUGCCCUGCCAACAACACUCAACAAUAUAUCUGUGGCAAAUUGCAGAGAUUUGCAAAAAGUAGUAGGAACCGGAGAUCUUAUAAAGAUUACAAGGCUUAUUAUUAGAGAGUGUCCUAAGCUUGAGGAUUUGCCAAGUCUUCCAAGACUAAGCUGUUUGAAGGAGAUUGAGAUUGACUCAUGUGCGAAGCUGCAGAACAUAUAA